GAGAGGAUCAUGGCGGAUGGCCCCAGGUGUAAGCGCAGAAAACAGGCGAACCCGAAGAGGAGCAGUGUGACAGAAUUCAACAAUGGCUUGGAGGCCAGCUCAGACUCUGAUGACGAGGACAAGCUACACAUUGUGGAGGAGGACAGUCUGCAGGAGCCCGAGGUCGCCGCCGCUGAUGGGACCAAACCGCAGGACAGCCAUGACGACGCCACAACAGUAUUACCCUUCAACGGCUCCUGGAACGGAGUGAAGGAGGAGUGCGUGUCAGAAGAAGAAGAAGAAGGAGAAGGAGUAGAGGGAGAAGAAGAAGAAGAGGAGGAGGUGGUGAAGGAUGCCCUAGUAGAGGAGAUUCUCCAGCAGGGAGACACAGCCGUCAUCUACCCCGAAGCUCCCGAGGACGAGCAGAGUCCAGCGGAGACAGGAGGCGCUGAUGAAAACGGCACCCCAGAUUCCUUCUCUGCGUUGCACACUUGCCCCUACUGCUCCCGGGGCUACAAGCGCAACGCCUCGCUGAAGGAGCACAUCAAGUAUCGCCACGAGACAAGCGAGGACAACUACAGCUGCUCGCACUGCAGCUACACCUUCACGUACCGCUCGCAGCUGGAGAGGCACAUGAGCCACCACAGGGGCACCAGGGAGCAGGUUUCCCAGACGACAGGAGGAACAGGUGGAACCCGAAAAUUCAAGUGUACUGAAUGUUCCAAGGCCUUCAAAUACAAGCACCACCUGAAGGAGCACCUGCGCAUUCAUAGCGGUGAGAAACCAUACGAAUGCUCAAACUGCAAGAAGCGAUUCUCCCACUCAGGCUCCUACAGCUCUCACAUCAGUAGUAAGAAGUGUGUGAGUGCGGCACCCACGAACGGCGUCACUCGGACAUCGAUCAAGAUCAAGUCCCCUCCCACCACGGCGACCACGCCUGUGAUGAUCGCUCCAGCUCGCGUGAUAUUGAAAGAGAAGACUGAAAGCAAACCCCUUCAAGAGCAGCUCCCCGUCACCCAGAUCAAAUCUGAACCUGUGGAAUACGAGUGCAAGCCCGCGACGGCAGCACCGGCAACGUCAACUGGUGCCAACGGAGUGGUAAACGGAGGGACGGCGACACCUGCUGCGGUCCACACUGCGACACUGCCUCAGGGCGUGGCAAUGGUCGUACCCACAGUCGGCCUGAUGUCACCCAUCAGUAUCAAUUUGAAUGACUUGCAGAAUGUGUUGAAGGUGGCCAUGGAUGGAAAUGUGCUCAGGCAGGUGAUGGGUACAGCCAACAGGGUGGUGACGCAGGGGAAGCAAGGAAUCGUAGUCCAGCAGCCCCAGCAGCAGAUCAUCAGCCUGCCGGCCUUCGUGGAUCACGACGGCACCACAAAGAUCAUCAUCAACUACAGCAUCAGCCCUGCAGCCGCUACCACUGCCACUACCCACGCUGCACCUUUUAUCGUUAAAAACAAUCCUCUUCCCCUUCCUACGGUUACCAGUGCUGCAGCCCCCACCCCCACCAAAACAGAUAGACCCCAAACCCCUGAGGUGGCUGACCUCACCAUUGUCAAGGCAGAGCCAGAAGCAGAACCCGUCACGGUGAUGGAGACGGAGGCAUCCACACAAACAGAAAAAGGAACUGUUAAGACUUCAAGGACUUCACACACUGAAAAAGCUCAGAUGCCAAAACCCAACAGCUCCAGUACGUGUUUACUAUGUGACGACUGUCCCGACAACCUGGAGGCGUUGCACCUGCUCCAGCACCGCAAAGCAGCCAACGGGGAGGCCGUCGACUCCGCCGCACUCGACCCCUCAUUCGCCGCUCUGCUAAGCGAGGCGGGGGUGACGCUGGAAGAACCGCCUGUGGAAGACCUCGUCUCACUCCUCAAGACAUAUUUUGCCUCCAACGCCAACCCCAGCCAGGAAGAGCUGAGAAAGAUCUCGGAGUCUGUCAGUAUUCCUAUGGAAGUGAUCAGGAAGUGGUUUGUUAAGAUGAACUCUGGGAAAAAUGCCGGGAAAUAUCGCAAUGAAGCAGCAGUUUACAAAAAGACUGAAAUCACAAAUUCCAAUUCAGAGGAUGCUUCAAAUCAGAAUGGAGAGACGAUGGAGGAAACCAAACUAGAGGCUUCUGCCAAAGUCUCAACAGAAUCUGGAAGUGCUUCCCCUUCAUCGCCACUAAGCCUCAACACCGGUGACCUCAUCAUCAUUAAAAGCGAACCAGAAGACCCAGAAGCUCUGGACUCCCAGGCAGAGCCCCUGGACCUCUCCCUUCCUAAACACCUUGCAGCAUUGGCAACUACAAGGACAACGCCUCCCAUCAAACAACAGGAACACCCUCUGAACCUGACCUGCCUGAGGAAGGAGCAGCUCGAGGGUCAAACCAUCUUCGUGAACACACCUCAGACCGGAAGACCUGUCAACAUCGUCACCGCCGCACAGCUGCCCACCCUGGUGGCCAUCGCUAGUCAGGGCACGGUGGGCUGUCUCAGCGCCAUCAACACCACAACGAAGCGAACCAUCCUCAUCCCCCAGCUCACUUACACCUACGCUACUACGGCCGGCAGCACCACUGAAGCAAAGACUGUUGUACUUAACGGACAUAAGCCGGAGAAGAGACCGGACAGCAGCUCUGAUGGCAAUUCCACGGUGGAGGAGCAGCACGAGUUGGCUAUUAUCAAGAAGCGGCGGCUGGAAAACGGCGUUUACCCCUGUGAUCUUUGCUCUAAGGUCUUCCAGAAGGGCAGCUCCCUGCUCAGGCACAAAUACGAACACACAGGAAAACGCCCCCACGAGUGCAACAUCUGCAAGAAGGCCUUCAAACACAAGCAUCACCUGAUCGAACACUCGAGGCUGCACUCGGGUGAAAAACCGUACCAGUGCGACAAGUGCGGGAAGCGUUUCUCUCACUCAGGCUCUUACUCCCAGCACAUGAACCACCGUUACUCCUACUGCAAGAAGGACGGGAUUAGCGCGGGCUCCGGCUCGGGUCCCGGCCUUUUCCAGUCUGAGCUCAGCAGCCCCGGAGCCGGACCGCAGUCGGACAGCCGGACCACGACCCCGCCCUCCCAACUGGACUCAGACGAGAGGGAGAGUGAGGAGGAAGAGGACGACGACGACGAGGCCAUGUGCAUGGACGACAUCCGGGUCGUGCAGGUGGACGACGGCGAGUGUGAGAUCUACGAGGGUAAUUUUGAGGAAUUCGCCGGCGAGGAAGAGGUGGUGGCAGAGGAUGAGCUGACAGGAGGAGGACGAGGAGAAGAAGAAGAAGAAGAAGAAGAAGAAGAAGAAGAAGAAGAAGAAGAAGAAGAAGAAGAAGGAGAGGCAGCAGAGGAAGCGAAGGCGGAUGAGGAAGAGGUCGUUUCUGAGGUGAUGAAAGUCAAGCUGGUGGACGACCAGCGAGAGGAAGAGGAAGAGAUGGAGGAAAUAACUGAAGAGAUGGAGGAAAUAACCGAAGACAUGGAGGAAAUAACUGAAGAAAAGGAGGAAAUAACCGAAGAGAUGGAGGAAAUAACCGAAGAGAUGGAGGAAAUAACUGAAGAAAUGGAGGAAAUAACCGAAGAAAAGGAGGAAAUAACAGAAGAAAAGGAGGAAAUAACCGAAGAAAAGGAGGAAAUAACUGAAGAAAAGGAGGAAAAAACCGAAGAAAAGGAGGACGAGGCAAGUGAAGAGACGGAGGAGACGGCAGACUGUGAAGCAGAUACGGACAAAAGCAUCAGGGAGGACGCAGGAGGCGGCGGCGAACCCACAGAGGAAGCGGUGACAGACGCCAAAUAAAAAAAAAAAAGAGGAAAAGAACUUUUCUUCAGGACAGUUCGAAAAAGUGUUGAUCAUCCGCGUCGAGUUAAAUGAAGACAAAACCGCAUCUUGCCAUCAGAAGGAAGUUAUGGCGGUUGCCUGAUCUUAACGGUCCACUACUGUGUACAAAAACCCAGGUGUGCCUGAACUUGAAAAAAGAAAAAAAAACAAGAAAACAGUGACUUUUUUUUUCUUUUCUUUCUUGUGGAAAUAUCAGUGUUAUAAAUUGUUUAUAGAAGUACAGAUUUUAAAGCCGAACUCUCCCAUCAACUUGUUAGAACUUGUUACUGAGACAUCCCAGGUUGUUUUAUUGAUUGUUUUGUUUGUUUGUCUGUUUUCAUUUGAUCAGUGUUACUAAUCUUGUUCUUGUUUGAAAACAUUUUAACCUGUAAAGAUGAGAAAGAUUUCUAUACCUUUUUAUUGCCAAUGAAGUUUCCUAAAUCAGUAUUUUAUUGAGUUCUACGAACAAAAACCUCUGCACUACAGUAUUCCUGGUUUACCUAUGGAUACAUGCCUCAUGCAUCGUAUGCCCUUCAGUGUUAUAUACAUACACUAGCUAGCAAGAUGUUGUCUGUGUUAGUGUUAUGUUAAGUCUUUGCUAGCUAGCAUUACGUUUGUUUUCAGUUUGACUGUUAGC